AUGAAGUUUUCCAUUUGUAUCAUCGCCGCUCUCACCUCCGUCAUCUCCUCGGUCGCGGAGUACACCACACCCGUCGGUGACCCGUCCGGUAAUCCCAUCUACACCCCCUCUCUCGGCGAAAUCGUCCCCGUCGGCACGCCCUACAACAUCACUUGGAAGCCCACCACAACCGGCACAAUAACCCUCCUCCUCCUCCGCGGUCCCUCCACAAACUGCGUCCCAAUCGCCACACUCACGACCGGCUUGCAGAAUAAAGGCUGGUACGAAUGGGCCCCGAGUACGGAUUUAGAGGCGGAUACGAGUCGGUAUGGGAUCGAGUUGAUUGUGGAUGAGACGGGCCAGUAUCAGUAUUCGGUGCAGUUUGGGGUUGGGAAUGAUGGGGAAGGAGAGAGUUCUUCUUCGAGUGUUGUGGUUUCGUCCAGGGCUAUGAAAGCGUCGAGCUCGAGCUCUUUGAGUACGGUUGCUGCCACGCUCGAUGUGGCCGCCUCUACGACCUCACCCACGAGCGCGACCCACCAUUCGCAUUCGAAAUCCACCCUCAUCACCCUCUCCACAACCUUAUCAAAGAUUUCAGCCUCCUCGAUUUCUUCCGCUACGGCCGCCGUCUCCUUCGACUAUCCCACCCCUCAAGUCGCUUACCUCAAUACCACCGUCUCCGAAUACAAUCUUACCGCAACUAACAUUACUGGUUCAACAUCAGGCGCGUAUCAGUCCAUCGACGCAAGGAAGGUGGGCGUGACGGUGAUUGUUUUGUUUGCGAUGGUUCUCUAA